CAAAUUGGGCGCAUACACUGAGUUCUACUCAACCAAAAAAAACAAAGCGAAACCCCAAAAACCGAAAGGGAAAGUGCUCUCAGCCGGUGCCUUUUUUCUCCCGCAUAACCAGAGUUAUCAAUAGCGGCCGAUAGCGGCGCUAUCCCGGAAUAACGGCCCCAAGAGCGGUGACCCUCUGCCUAUGAAGCACUGACACCACGAACACGACCCGACAAUGACAUGGCUGAUGUUUAGCGCCCGCUAUUUGAUUUGUAGUGGGUAGUGGGAGUGGGGCGCUUCUCGGCCCGAGCAGUGCAUCAAGCAUAGCAGCAUUUGGAAAAGAAGAAUCAGAGGAGAAUUUCCGAAGAAUCAAAUGGCUGAAACUAGUAUCUCUGAGUCAGAAACUGCAACCAAAUCUCAAUGUAUAUACCGGUGUAAGAAAUGCAGAAGAAUUGUUGCUUCAGAGGAUAUUAUAGUUUCCCAUGAACGUGGAAAAGGAGAAUCAAGCUUCAAGUGGAGUAAGAGAAACAACGAAUCCUGGGAAAAUAAAAAUCAACCAGCUGAUUGCACCUCAAUAUUUGUCGAGCCCAUGAAGUGGAUGCAACCAGUACAAGAAGGUCAAGUGGAGGAGAAACUUGUGUGCAUGGGUUGUAAAGCUCGUCUGGGUUACUUCAACUGGGCUGGCAUGCAGUGCAGCUGUGGAGCCUGGAUCAAUCCUGCUUUUCAGCUCCAAAAAAGCAAAUUAGAUGAGUGCUACAUGUAAAUCAAUCAUUUUCCAUAAACCAGAGCUUGAAAAAUGCAUGUUAUCUUUUUUUUUUUUAUCAACAAUGGCUGCUUAACUUGGAAGAUUGUCUUCUACCUGUGUUUACCUUUUCAAACUAGAUAUGAUCAGGGUGCAUUUGGAUUGGUUUGUGAAGUUUUAACGUGGACCAAUGCAUGGCAUAGGCACUAGUGUGUAUGCAAGGAAGAACUUAUGAAAUUAGCCUGCAAUAUAUUCGUAUGUUGUUUUUCAGUUUA